AUGAAAGUGAAAGCAGAGACUGUGACAUUGGUACUGGUGAAUCUGGCUGGUAUUAUGGAAAGUGCUGAUGAGGCUUUGUUGCCAGGCGUGUACAAGGAGGUAGGGGAAGCUCUACACACUGACCCAACUGGGUUGGGCUCACUCACUCUCUUCCGAUCGAUAGUGCAAUCUUCUUGUUACCCACUUGCUGCUUACUUAGCUCUUCGUCACAACCGUGCCCAUGUCAUUGCCCUCGGCGCUUUCCUCUGGGCCGCCGCCACCUUCUGUGUUGCCAUCUCCUCCACCUUCUUCCAGGUGGCAGUGUCACGAGGUUUAAAUGGAAUUGGACUUGCCAUAGUUAUACCUGCUAUCCAGUCCCUAGUUGCUGAUUCAACUGAUGAUAGCAACCGUGGUUUGGCUUUUGGAUGGUUACAACUAACAGGAAACCUUGGAUCCAUCAUUGGUGGGCUGUGUGCUGUACUUUUUGCCCCAACUUCUAUUCUGGGUGUACCUGGUUGGAGAAUAGCUUUCCAUCUUAUUGCAGUCAUAAGUGUCAUAGUUGGUAUAUUAGUUGGCCUAUUUGCAAAUGAUCCACAUUUUUCUAAGAGCAAUAGUACAGCUAGAAAUGGAGUUCAAAAUCAAAAGCCUUUUUGGUCGGAUGUGAAGGACCUAAUUAAGGAAGCAAAGUCAGUGAUUAGAAUCCCAUCUUUCCAGGUAAUUGUGGCUCAGGGUGUUUCUGGAUCAUUUGCUGGGGCAGCUUGGUCAUUUGCUCCUAUGUGGUUGGAACUUGUUGGUUUCUCACAUGAAAAAACAGCAUUCCUUUUUACCAUACGAGUAAUUGGUGUUUCACUUGGGGGUCUGUUUGGUGGAUGGAUGGGGGAUAUCCUUGCAAAACGUUUGCCCAAUACUGGAAGAACAAUUCUGUCACAGAUAUGCACGGCUUCGGCCAUUCCUUUAACCGGAAUUUUGCUGGUACUAUUGCCUGAUGAUCCAUCUUCAGCAUUCAUGUAUGGAUUGGUCUUGUUCACUAUUGGAUUUUUCACAUCCUGGGCAGCUCCAGCAACUAACAAUCCAAUAUUUGCAGAGAUAGUUCCUGAGAAGUCUCGUACAAGCAUCUACGCUUUGGAUGAAUCAUUUGAGUCCAUGCUAGCAUCAUUUUCUCCCACCGUAGUUGGGAUCUUGGCUCAGCAAGUUUAUGGUUAUAAACCAAAUCUGAAAGGAUCCUCAAAUUCUGUAGGGAUUGAAACAGAUAGAGAAAAUGCUGCAUCACUUGCCAAAGCACUCUAUGUAGUAAUUGGCAUUCCUUCCGCAAUUUGUUGCUUCAUCUACUCAUUCCUCUAUUGCACAUAUCCAAGAGACCGUGAACGAGCAAGAAUGAAUGCACUGAUAGAAUCAGAACUGCACCAGCUGGAUGCUGAUAAUUCUUCUUCAAGUGAAAUUGACAUUGAUUAUGAAGGUGACGAGAGCCUUGGUUUGAAUGAUACAGAUGACAAGUUAUCUCUGCUUUCCCAUCAGCUAACACCUAACAUUCAAACACACUCCACAGAAGAAUAGUGAACCUGCCAAGUAGAAUUUGGAGUACCUAAAACCUCUUACUCUGAACCAACUCAAACGAUAGAAAAGAUUCAUUUACAUGCUCAGCCCAAGGUUGAUAUCUGCUUUUUAAGUGAUCACCAAAUCGAUUUUUGGAUAUCUUGCCAUUUUUAGUUGCGCAAGCUCAUAAUUUGUUUGGAAGAUUUAAUGAGUAGGUUUCUACCAGCAUGAUCGCUUG